CGCAGCCGGGCCGGGGCCGUCCGCAGGAGGAGGGCGAAGCCGAGGCACGGUGGCCGGAGGUGGCGCGGCCCCUGCCCCCUCGGCGGGGCUGGCACUGCGGGGACCGGAGGCUCCGCUGCGGGAGCCAUCAUUUGAGAUGCUUCCGUUGACUGGGAAAACCAUAAUAUUUGAUAGCUUUCCUGAUCCUUCAGAUACCUGGGAAAUAAUUGAGACUAUUGGCAAAGGAACUUAUGGAAAAGUUUUCAAGGUGUUAAAUAAGAAAAAUGGCAGCAAAGCAGCAGUCAAAAUUUUGGAUCCUGUUCACGAUAUUGAUGAAGAAAUUGAAGCUGAGUACAACAUUUUGAAAGCUCUCUCUGAUCAUCCCAAUGUAGUCAAAUUCUACGGCAUGUACUACAAGAAAGAUGUGAAAAAUGGAGACCAGCUUUGGCUAGUUCUUGAGCUGUGCAAUGGUGGAUCUGUGACUGAUCUUGUGAAAGGAUUUCUGAAGAGAGGUGAAAGGAUGAAUGAACUGAUAAUUGCUUACAUUUUACGUGAAGCUCUGAUGGGACUUCAGCACUUGCACGAAAACAAAACUAUCCACCGUGAUAUUAAGGGAAAUAAUAUCCUUUUGACCACUGAAGGAGGAGUCAAGCUUGUGGAUUUUGGUGUGUCUGCUCAGCUGACCAGCACUCGUCUCCGUCGGAACACCUCCGUGGGCACCCCAUUCUGGAUGGCUCCAGAGGUGAUUGCCUGUGAGCAGCAGCUAGAUAGCUCCUAUGAUGCUAGAUGUGAUGCAUGGUCACUGGGUAUUACUGCAAUAGAGCUGGGAGACGGAGAUCCACCCCUUGCUGAUUUGCACCCCAUGAGGGCACUCUUCAAAAUACCAAGGAAUCCUCCUCCAACGCUGCAGCAGCCUGAGCUGUGGUCACCUGAAUUCAAUGACUUCAUUAACAAGUGCUUGACUAAAGAUUAUGAGAAGCGUCCAACAGUAUCUACUCUUCUGCAGCAUGAUUUUAUUAAGCAAAUUGAAGGAAAAGAAAACGUGCUACAAAGGCAACUCAUGGAAUUUAUUGAUGUUCAUCAACAAAUGGGAGUCACUGAAAAGGCAAGAUUUGAACGUAUUCACACAAAGAAAGGCAACUACAGUAAGUCACUAAUUUCAAACCAAGAAGAGGUAGAUGAUUUAGCUACUUUGGAGGUACUGGAUGAGAAUACAGUAACAGAACAGUUGCAGAAGGGUUAUGCCAAGGAUCAGAUCUACACAUAUGUUGGGGACAUUCUCAUCGCUGUCAACCCAUUUCGGAACAUAGAUAUUUAUUCUUCACAGCAUUCCAAACUGUACAUUGGAGCCAAACGGACUGCCAACCCUCCUCACAUUUUUGCUGUUGCUGACAUAGGCUAUCAGUCCAUGGUGACAUACAACUCUGAUCAGGUACAGAUGGGUGCCUACUUACAUCCUCUGCCAGGUGAGAGGUGUGUGAUGAGCUCACUCUUGCUCUGUUCUCUGCAGUGUAUUGUUAUUUCUGGAGAAAGUGGAGCUGGCAAGACGCAGAGUGCCCACCUGCUGGUUCAGCAGCUCACUGUCCUGGGCAAGGCUAAUAAUAGGACUUUGCAGGAGAAGAUUCUCCAGGUGAACAACCUUGUAGAAGCAUUUGGAAAUGCAGGCACCAUCAUCAAUGAUAACUCAAGCAGAUUUGGAAAAUAUUUGGAAAUGAAAUUCACUUGUGGUGGCACUGUAGUAGGAGCUCAGAUUUCAGAGUACCUCCUUGAAAAAUCCAGAGUUGUCCACCAGGCAGUAGGAGAGAAAAAUUUCCAUAUUUUUUAUUAUAUUUAUGCUGGUCUCGCAGAAAAGAAAAAACUGGCACACUAUAAACUGCCAGAAUAUAGACCUCCCAGAUAUCUGCAAAAUGAUCAUUUCAGAAUAGUGCAAGAUUUCAUGAACAAUAGCUUUUAUAAGUCUCAGUUUGAAUUAAUAGAACAAUGCUUCAAAGUCAUAGGUUUUACACUGGAGGAACUUGGAAGUGUGUACAGUGUCCUGGCUGCCAUUUUAAAUGUGGGCAACAUCGAAUUUUCUGCAGUAGUAUCUGAACAUAUGAUUGACAAGAGCAACAUUUCCAAUCCAGUAGCCCUUGAGAACUGUGCAUCCCUGCUGUGUAUUCAGGCAGAUGAACUGCAAGAGGCCCUCACCUCCCACUGUGUAGUGACUCGAGGAGAAACAAUUAUUCGUCCAAACACUGUGGAAAAAGCCACUGAUGUCAGAGAUGCCAUGGCCAAAGCCCUGUACGGGCGCCUCUUCAGCUGGAUAGUCAAUCGCAUCAACACUCUACUCAAACCUGACAAGCACUUAAGUGAAAACGAUGAUGGCUUGAAUAUUGGAAUUCUUGACAUCUUUGGCUUUGAGAAUUUCAAAAAAAAUUCCUUUGAACAACUGUGUAUCAACAUUGCCAAUGAACAAAUUCAGUUCUACUUCAAUCAACAUGUCUUUGCCUGGGAACAGAAUGAAUACCUUUACGAAGGUGUUGAUGCAAGAGUUAUAGAAUACGAGGACAACAGGCCCCUCCUGGAUAUGUUCCUGCAGAAACCAAUGGGUUUAUUGUCUUUGCUGGAUGAGGAAAGUCGAUUCCCACAGGCAACAGAUCAGACACUUGUGGAAAAAUUUGAAGAUAAUUUGAAAUCAAAAUAUUUUUGGCGACCCAAAAGAGUGGAUCUAACCUUUGGAAUUUAUCAUUAUGCAGGAAAGGUUCUGUAUAAUGCAAGUGGAUUCCUAGCCAAAAACAGAGAUACUCUUCCAGCUGAUAUUGUGCUGCUACUGAGGUCAUCUGAAAACAACCUGACGCGACAGCUGGUAACUCACCCUCUCACAAAAACAGGUAACCUGGCACACACCAAAAGCAAAACUACAAUCAGCUAUCAAAUGUGGACUUCCCAAAAAUCAAUCAGUCAUACAAAGAAUGAAGCAGGAGAUACUGGGCAUCAUCCAAGAGAAACAACCAGCAUGAAAACACAGACAGUUGCUUCUUAUUUUAGAUAUUCUCUGAUGGAUUUGUUAUCCAAAAUGGUUGUUGGCCAGCCUCAUUUUGUGAGAUGCAUCAAGCCAAACAACGACCGGCAGGCAAACAAGUUUGACAAAGAGAAGGUGCUGGUUCAGCUGCGCUACACGGGAAUUCUGGAGACAGCACGGAUUCGGAGACAGGGCUAUUCCCACCGCAUACUCUUCGCUAACUUCAUAAAACGGUAUUACCUCAUCUGUUACAAAACAAAUGAUGAUCCUCCAGUCAGCCCGGAGACCUGUGCUGCCAUCUUGGAAAAAGCCCACCUUGACAACUGGGUUCUUGGAAAAACUAAAGUAUUCCUCAAAUACUAUCAUGUGGAGCAGCUGAAUUUAAUGAGGAAAGAGACAGUUGAUAUGAUUAUUUUGAUUCAAGCUUAUGUCAGAGGAUGGCUGGGUUCGAGGAGAUACAAAAAGAUAAAGGAACAAAGGGAACAAAGUGCUAUUAAAAUACAGUCAGCUUACAGGGGGUUUGUUGCUCGUAAAGAAUACAAAAAUGCAAAGCAUAAUAAAAAAGUGGAAGAAUAUAUUACCAAAUUUCAAGCAAUUGCCAGAGGAUACUUACUCAGGAAGAAGAGAAAAGAACUAAAUGAAACAAGAAACAAAGCAGCAAUAACAAUUCAGUCUCACUACAGGGGAUAUAAGGAGAGGAAGGUCUUCAAAAGCAGGAGGGAGUCACUGAGAAAGCAAGAAAUUGAAAAUGCAGCAACCAUUAGCAAGAAGGAAAAUGAUGAAGAACUUCAAGAUCCUGAGGAAAGUCCAACUGAAGGGCAGAGUGCCCUCCCUAGAACAGAAGAAGCAGCUGCCAUAGCAGAGGAUGAGUUAUCUGCUGUGGAAUUCCUUGAAGCACAACUGCAGCCAGCUCAAAAUGACACACUGGAAGAAGUGGCAAGUGAGGAGACUCCAGAUGAACCUGCUGCUGUCACUGACAGCAAGUGCUCUGGGUACAGUGACACAGGGGAUGUAGAGGAGCAGCAGCAAACAUCUACUGAAGGAGAGGCCGCUUCUGUGAAGCAGAACCUGGCAGUAGAAGAGGUUAGUGAAGGUGAAGAACAGGACUCUUUGGAAGAGUUACCCAGCAAAUCUUCUGUCAAAAUCCCAACUGAACCUAGACCCCAGCAAGAGCAAGAUAAUCAAGACACACUCAGUGCAGACUGGCAAAAUCAAGAAUCUGCUGUGGUGCAGCCCAGGACUGACAGGCAUGUGGAAAGAAACCACAUAAAGCAUGAAGCAGUGAUGCCUACAGGAGGUAAAGGAAUCACAAGAAAAGAGUCACUAAGAAGAGGCUCAUGGAAGCAAGCUGAGGCAGAAAAACAAGGUUCAGAAGACAAAGAGAAGGCAGCUGUGGUAAUACAGAGCAAUUACCGGGGUUACAGAAGGAGGGGUCAACUCAGAAAAGAAGGGAAACUACCUUGCAAAAGUCAAGAGAAAACAAUAAAGGAGCCAACAGAAGCAACACACGUUCAAAAUAAUAAUCCCCAAACAACAAAAGGUAGGGAAAGCACCAGUACAGAGGCUGAAGACCCUAAGAUACUGAAGGGAGAUGCAGAGAAAGAGGCUUGUGAUUUGGCAGCCUUUUCACGACAGAUAUCAAAAUUAUCUGAAGAUUACUUAGCAUUGCAGCAAAAACUGAAUGAAAUGAUACUGUCCCAUCAGCUGAGACCUGUGAUGAUGUCCAAAGAUAAGCAAGCUAAUGGCCGGCUUUCUUCCCAUGUUUGUCAGUCAGUUGUGGCCAAAGUAGAAGACUCUCGUCCAAUGCAGAGACCCCCCAGAAGGCCACGGAAGCCCAAGACAUUAAAUAAUCCAGAAGACUCCACCUACUACACUCUAAUACAUAAAUCAAUACAAGAUGAAAAACGGAAACCAAGAAAAGAAAGUCUGAGCAAAGUGCUAGAUAUAGAUAUCUACUACCAAGAAAUUUCAUCUCCAGACUCCACCCCCAAGGACAGCAGUACUACCACAAGAAGGAGGAGAUACCCAAUUGAGCGCAGGACUUCCAUUUUACGAGCUACUGAGCGGUCGAGGGUUGCAGAAAGACCCCUGGAAGAGAGCAAAGCUGAAGAUAAUCCCUAUGACUACAGACGACUGCUGCGGAAGACCUCACAGCGCCGGCGCCUUAUCCAGCAGUUCUAGCUGCUGCUGCUGCUCCUGCUGCCAUUUGGCUUUUAUUAGCAUAAUUUUUUUUUAUCAUUUUAUACCAUGUGUUUCCUUUCUUUUUUUUUUUUAAUCUUCAGUGUUUCAAGUUUGUGUGUGUGUUCAUCUGAAUAUGAAUUACUGUGGUUUACAGCCCAACACCAUUGCAAAGGGACACUGUCAGUCACAUACCAUUUUCUUCCCUAAUAUAAAAAUCAGCUUUCUUUCAUGUACCAUUGCUAGAUCCUAAAAUUAUUAAACAGCUUAAAUCUAGUUUACUUUCCUCAGUGCAUAUUUCUUUUUUUUUCCAUUUCAUCAGUCUCAUCCAAUCAAAAUAAUAAUUUACUUUAUAGUUCCCUAGUUAAGCUUUCAAAUUUCCAUAUGCACCUUCAGAAAAGCUUAGUUAUUGUUUCUAAUAAAUUCUUUCACAGCAAAAAUAUAUUUACAAGAGCACCAUGGGGGAAUUUCUGCUUAUUUUAGUUUACAUUGCCUAAAUUUUGGGAUGACCUGUUUGUGGCAAGUGUCCCUCUCAUGAAAAUUAACGUAUAUGAUUAAUUGGAUAGCAUACUAUGGCAGCUUAUUUCAUUAUUGACUUUACUGUAAAGCUAGUAGCCAGUUUUAAAGGUCAAUAUUGUGUGUAUAAUCUUUAUGUUGGAGAUGUCCAUUUAUGGGAAGUAUAUCCAGCCCUCUCCUCUGCCUCUGAGCUUUGUGACUAAGUGAUGAACUUUUAAAUCAUGUUUGCUUUGUUCUCAUUUGCAUUAGAUUUUUAGGAAUCUUAAUCUCUGGGGUACCAAGAAAGGAAUAGAAAUACACUCUCUGGUUGAUUGCUGCUGAAAUGUAAUGAUCAUUCUUAAUCAGUUCCACUAGAAAUUAAAUGAAAAUAAAAGCAAUAGCCACAGUGUUCAAAUUUCCCCCUGAUUCCUUAUUCAAAAGACCUUAUUUCACAGAAACCACACAGAUAAUUGCAGCGCUUCCUUUCAGGAUUCAUAAUUGCCUGUUCCCAGCUGCAAAGCAAGAGAAGGCAAAUUUCAUGAUGCCAGCAUAAAGGCCUGAUCCUACUCCGUUCCUCAGCUCUCCUAAAUGUGACAAUGGGCGGCAGCAGUCAGCCACAGGGGCUGGGUUUUGUCCAUUCCCCACGCGCAUUUGGCCUUCUCCCCAGAGACAGAUAACCAUCAUUUCCUGAUCUGUAACUAGUUACAAGGCUGUGCCCCAGAUUAAAAUGUACUGCAAUGUAAAAUUUGCUCUAAAUUGUUAAAAUUGUGAAAUCGGUUUUAAAGUUGCUUUGUCAUGUAUUAUUAAAACAGUAAAUAAAAAU